AAGCUGUGAUGGGCGCGCGCGCGCGGGGUGCGGCGAGUCGACAAGUAUGGCGGAUCGUCGAAAUUGAUCUGCCGAGGAGCAGACGAUUGUUUACCAGUCAUUUUUUAAUUUAUUGUUAUUUAUUUUUCAUUUUACAAUGUUUUUAACUCUAAAGUCCACUUGUCCAGUUAUAGUUUUUCUACAAGCUAUAAUUUUUUUCAAGUAUCGAUGAUAGAUUGCCUGUUUCCAAAGCAUCCAAGGUUAUGACAGUACCACUGAACAAAUGAACGAAAAGAAUAUUAAAAUGAAUUUCAUGAAUGUAACAGACUCAUCACCAUUAAUAUGUCUUCUCUGCCACUCAGAUAUUGAUUCAAACGCCUUUACUAACAUUUUCUACACAUGCUUCCCUCACAGUGGAGAAACCUGUUCAAGUUUCGUACUUAAAAUACUCAAGCUUUCCGAUUCAGAAUUACCUAGCUCUUAUCUUUGCUUAAAUUGCUUUAAUUCUUUUUGGGCGCUUGAACAAGCUCAGAAUACAGCAACAAGUGUUUUGUCUGAAAUUUUAAAUACCUUUAAAACGAACAACAAUGAAAAACUAUUUGAUGACUUUUUGGAUAAUACCUUAAAGGACAGUGAGAUUGCAGAAAACUCGAAUGAGGCAACAAAACACGAUGAUACGAAUAAGUCUAAGCAAGCCGAACAAAUCGUAGAAGAGUAUUUGACUGAAAAAGAUAUACAUUCCUUAAAAAGUAUUUUCACUAGCGGUACUGUUAUUUCUAUACAGUUAAUAAAUAAGCAAGUCAAUGAAUCUAGUAUUAUAAGUAAAGAUGAAGAGUCUCAAACAGUUGUUAACUUACCUAAUCAACUGUGUGUAAAUAGUCAAGGAACGGAUGUUCCUCUCAUCAGUCAAGAAUCAAAUUCGUCUGAUACUAGUCAAGAAUCAAAUGUACCCUCCAGUUUAGAUGCCAUAAGCCUAGAGGACAAUUCUGAUUAUGAAGAGUUUGAAACCGAGGACUUGGACAUUCCAAUUGAGAAAGUUACAAAGCGCAGCUGUAAACAUUGCGACCAGACCUUUAAAACCGAGACGGGACUCCGCCACCACCUUCUCGACAAACAUCCCGAUUUGCGUCCCUACAUCUGUGAAAAGUGCGGCAAAGCUUACAAACACAAACCUGCUCUUGAAAUCCAUCUGGGCAUGCAUGCUGGUUUCAGUCCUUUCAAAUGCAAUAAGUGCGGCAAAUGUUUUACACAAAAAGGCGCCCUUCAUAGACAUUUACCGCUCCACACGAAUGAAGCUCCAUUUCAAUGCGAAAUCUGUGGCAAGUGUUUCAAGCAUCAUACAAGCUACAACAUGCACUCUCUGUCGCAUACUGGCAAGAAGGAUUAUCAGUGCAACAUCUGCGACCUGCUUCUGCUGUCCACGUCUCACCUUAAACGACACAUGCGUGUCCACACGGGUGAAAAGCCAUACAAAUGUCCGACAUGUGGUAAAAGUUUUGCUGAGCGAUACAACCUACAUGCUCACAAGAAAAUCCAUGAUCCCGAACAAGCUGCGGUAAAAGAGGCCAGAAGAAACCAGCAUAAAUGUGUGCGCUGUACAGCCACGUUUGGAACCAAAGCCAAAUACAUGGAACAUUUGAGAACGCACGUCGGCGAAUUAGCAAAUGAAAAGCCGCCAUCGAAAUUGAGCAAAUCGGAUAAUUCAGAUAAUGUGAGUACAACCCCAAAGUUACAGGAAUUAAACGGAGUGGAUCUACUGGCUACGUGUGUCAACGAAGUAUGGCAAAGUUUGUCAUUGGAAGAAGAAGUGGCAGCCUUAUAAUUUAUUUUAUUGCAAUCUAUUAGCAGUUUUUUGUCCUUGGAUUUAUUUACUCGUGUGAUUUUUUUAUUAUUUUACAAUUGUGUGUUCCUAAUAACUACUCAGCGUUUUCUAGUCAUUUAUCAUGAUUAUUUUUUUAUUAUUUUAUGCAACUAUUUAUAUCAUUUUUUAGAAACUGUUUGCAAAGGGCGUUUCCUGUACCCAUUUAUUAACCCCUUCUUCCUUUUUCCUGCCCAACUUGUCCUCAUUCCUAAGUAAUGUUAAGUAAAAAUCUAAAAUUUUUCUUUUACUUAUACUUGAAUUCAAUGUCGCGCCCCAUUGUAAGCAGUAGUACCUAAUGCCUUAGCCGACCAAUCAAUCGAGGCAUAGCCAACCGAGCUACAAUUGUCUGUUUUUAAAAAAUUUUUAAUUAAAGUAUUACUCGAAAACUAACUGCAGCAAUUUACUUAUAUUCUAGCUAAAAUGAAAAUCACGUGUACGUUUGUAUGAAAAUAUACAUGUAGUCUUGUAUAAUUUGUAUCCUUGAGCGGCCCGUGAAACUUAUGUACCAAAGUAUACGAGGGGUGCAAUUUUACACGUGAAAGUAUAUAUAUGUAUGUACGAUGCAUUUGAUUAAAGCAAUAUGUGAAAGAUGUCGAUUGAAUCAAAGAAUCGAAAUAAUUUCUAAUGCUCGAAUUAAAUAUUUUACCAAAUUGUAUACAUAUAUUUUUUAAAACUCAACCUAGUGGAAUAUGAUAAAUUGGUCUCGUAUACGUAUUACUUUAUAUGAUUUAUUAGUUUGUGCGU